GGCAAGCAGUCUCUUAUAACGAAUAAACUGUGGUCACUUGAAAUCAGUUUGAUCCAGCAUCGCUGUUAACCAUCGAUUCACGAUGAACGGUGCUGUUGAUCCCGAAAGGGAGCAGGCACUGGAGGAGUACAAGCGGAGCCUACUGGAUCUCCGGGAAUGGGAGGCUAAGCUCAAAGCGCUUCGUAUGGGAAUAAAGGACUUGCAAAGAGAGUUUGAUAUUUCAGAAGAAAACAUCAAAGCUCUGCAAAGUGUUGGUCAGAUUAUUGGAGAGGUGCUGAAGCAGCUCGAUGAGGAGCGAUUCAUUGUCAAGGCUUCCUCUGGACCCAGAUAUGUCGUCGGCUGCCGUUCGAAAGUCGAUAGAUCGAAGUUGAAGCAGGGUACCCGUGUUGCCCUCGAUAUGACGACUCUUACCAUAAUGCGAAUGCUGCCUAGGGAAGUUGACCCAUUGGUAUACAACAUGUCGUUGGAAGACCCGGGACAGAUCAACUUUGCUGGUAUCGGCGGUCUGAAUGACCAGAUUCGUGAACUACGUGAAGUGAUUGAGUUGCCGCUGAAGAACCCUGAGCUAUUCCAGCGAGUGGGUAUCAAGCCACCCAAGGGCGUACUGCUUUACGGACCUCCAGGUACCGGAAAGACGCUCUUGGCGCGUGCCGUCGCAAGUUCUAUGGAGACCAACUUCUUGAAGGUUGUCUCAUCCGCUAUCGUUGACAAAUACAUCGGUGAGUCUGCACGGUUAAUCAGAGAAAUGUUCGGUUACGCCAAAGAACACGAACCUUGUAUCAUCUUCAUGGACGAAAUCGAUGCUAUAGGUGGCCGACGAUUUUCGGAAGGUACCUCGGCGGACCGAGAAAUUCAGCGAACGUUGAUGGAGCUACUCAACCAGCUGGAUGGUUUUGACUAUCUUGGGAAGACAAAGAUUAUCAUGGCUACAAAUCGGCCGGACACACUUGACCCGGCUUUGCUGCGUGCGGGUCGUCUAGACCGGAAGAUUGAGAUUCCUUUGCCCAACGAGGUCGGCCGUCUUGAGAUCCUGAAGAUUCAUUCCAGUACUGUGCAAAUGGAGGGCGACAUUGAUUUUGAAAGUGUUGUGAAAAUGAGCGAUGGACUAAACGGUGCUGAUCUCCGUAAUGUUGUGACAGAAGCGGGUCUAUUUGCUAUCAAGGACUAUCGAGAUGCGAUCAAUCAGGACGACUUCAACAGGGCCGUCCGCAAGGUAGCAGAAGCGAAGAAACUGGAAGGCAAGCUCGAAUACCAGAAGUUGUAGAUUAGCCACGCAUAUAGCACGUCAUUU